AUGAACCUGUCAUAUGAAGAUUUUUAUGACUAUUAUGACUAUUUCUAUGAAGAUGAUUGUCUGGAUUGUUUUAAUGCAGAGCUGAGGAAAUCUACAAGAGUGAGUUCUCUGGUCUUCUACUACCUGGCCUUUAUCCUCGGUGUUCCUGGAAAUGCAUUUGUCGUGUAUGUUGCUGGAUUGAAGAUGAAGAGGACUGCUAAUACAGUAGGGUUUCUCAAUCUAGCCAUUGCCGACCUCUUGUGCUGCCUUUCCACUCUUUACUAUGUGGCAGAGAACUCUCUCGAAGAAAACUGGCCGUAUGAAUCUGUCUUCAUGUGCAAGAUUCUCCCCUUCGUUAUGCUCAUCACCAUGUUUGCCAGUGUUUUCACCUUGAACUUGAUUAGUCUGGAUCGGUUUACUCGGGUGAUCACACCGGUUUGGGCUCAGAAUCAUCGCAGCCUGUUCAUUGCACGACUGUCCUGCGCAGCGGCCUGGAUUCUGGCUUUAUUUCUCAGUCUGCCUUUUAUGAUGUUAAGAGAGACUCUGGACGAGCGACUCGCAUCAUGUUGGCUGUAA